GUGAUGUGGAAGCGAAAGUUGGGGAAUUACCAGGAUUAUCAUGGGGAAAAGUCAAGGAGGAGGAGGCUGAAAGAAACAUUGACAAUCCAGACAGACCAGAGAGGCCAGAGGAAAGCUAUACAGCUGAGAAGAGGGACCAACCCAUUCCUUGCCAAGCAGAGUACUUUGGGGAACUCCUGGUCCAACAAGAAGAACCAACUGAAAAGCAAAGGGAGAAACACCUCAGUAUUGAUGGGAGAAUCCACACUGGGGAAAAACAAAGCCAAAGUGUGGAGUUUGGAAAUCGCAUGGCCAAGAGAAGGGAUACAUCCAUUCUUUACCAAGCAGGGGACUUCUCCAAAAUCCCCAUCCAGGAAGAAAUGCCCCCUCAGAAGAGGAGGAACAAGGGCAGAAUCCAUACAGCGGAAAAGCAAAACGAAAACACAGAGCUUGGAAACAGCUUCGUUGAGACUAGGAGCCAUACUUCACAUCACCGAAUUCACACAGAGGAGAACCGGUACGAAUGCCCAAACUGUGGCAUGAGCUUCUCCAGUGUGACCAACUUCAAUCUACAUUUGCAAACCCACAGUGGAGAGAAGCCAUUUCGGUGCUUCGAGUGCGGAAAGAGCUACAGACAGAAAUCGCACCUUCGGGAUCAUCAGAGGACCCACACGGGGGAGAGACCGCACAGCUGCCCUGAGUGUGGGAAGAGUUUUUCCCUUAAAUCCAGCCUCAUCCGGCACCAGGUCAUUCAUUCAGAGGACAAAGGGUUUAAAUGCCCCGAAUGUGGAAAGAGCUUCAGUCAGAAAACAAAACUUACUUCCCAUCAAAGGAUUCACAUGGUAGAGGAGCCAUAUAAGUGCUCGGAGUGCGGACUGAACUUUUCAAAUCAAACCCAGUUUAAUCUACACCUCAGGAUGCACCAUGGAAAGAAGCCCCACAAGUGCUCAGAGUGUGGAAAGAGCUUCCUAUACAGAGCCCUCCUCCUACG